AUGUUUCCAGUAAAUUACCCGAAGAAUUUAGACUUUGAAAAUCCGGAGAGCUGCAACGUGAUGGGCGGCAGGAAUUUUAGCAUCCAGUUCGACUCUCGAGUGGAUAAUUGUCCGAUAAAACUAGGGUAUGGUGACUCCACUCGAGUAAGACCAACAGAAAGUGGCGUGGUGGAAGAUGCACUGCGGGUAUAUUCUUGGCUCAUUGACGUGGUGGAUAAGGGAAAGCGGCCUUUCGUAAUUCUUUGGGGACAUUCUUUAGGUACUGCUAUCGCUUCAAACCUGGUGGCCAAUAUGCUAGACCUCUGUCGAAAUAAUCGUCAGAAGUGUGUACCGGCUCCCGAUGCACUGGUCCUUGAAGCCCCCUUCAACAAUCUUCUCGAUGAAAUCGAGAAGCAUCCGUUUUCUAAGCUCGUCGCCUGGCUGCCAUAUUACAAGCGUUCAUUCAUAAAGCCGUUUAGCAGCUCCUCAGAAUACUCCUUUACGACUGACGAGUACCUGUCCAGAGUACCUGGUCUUCCUAUCCUCAUACUACACUCGAAGGGAGACAGAAUCGUACCCUAUGAGCUGGCUAUAAAGCUUCAUGACUGCGUAGCCCGGUCGCGAGCCAAGGGGGGAGGACCAUUACAAAUGCACGUCUUCGAUAAAGGACACAAUGACUUGUGUGAAGCCAGAGAUUUACCACAAGUUAUCAGGUAA